GUUAUAAAUUAAAGGUUGAGUGCACACUCACGUUCUGUAACUAUCACACAAAAUGCGAAUAAACGUUCGUAUUUUAAACCACAAAAUUAUAAAAAAUAAUGGCGUCUGUUCAACCAACUGAUGGGAAUAUCUUUAGAAUUGCAAGAAACUUAAAUGUCGAUUAUAAAAGUUCAAGCAAUGUUUUAUCAGAAAAAAACUUUCAGCUAUCUUUUGAUUGCAUACGGCCAACAAUGGAUCCAACUUUACAAAAUCCAAUGAAAAAUUCUCUAGCUGAUACUAACAUUGCAGAUAGCGAUAGCAAAAUAAUUUAUUGCGCAGUUUGCAGCGAUCGAUCAACAGGGAAACAUUAUAAAGUAAACUCUUGUGAAGGAUGCAAAAACUUUUUUAGAAGAAGUGUCCGAAAAAAUGUUAAGUAUGUGUGUCCGGCUUAUGGAAAAUGUCUUGUGCACAAAGAUCAAAGAACAAGAUGCAAAGCAUGUCGUUUAAAGAAAUGUCUUAAAGUUGGAAUGAGAAAAGAAGCUGUCCAGUGCGAACGCAAACCUGCAGCUUUAGUUAUCACAUCUUUUAAAGAUGGAAUGGGAUUGAAGAACAAAACUGUUGGUCUGGACUAUCUCACUAGUUCUGAAGACAGCGAAGAAGAAAAUUUAACUUAUACCCAACUAAAUAAGACAACAAAAAAUGAAAUCUUUCAGUGUAUAGAAGAAAAAGACGUAAAUAACUACCUCCAAGCAGAAAUUGAGAAAGAUUCUAAAGUUUCUUUUAAAAGAACUAACUCUCCUAACAACAAAGUGAACGAAACAAAACAAAACAAUAAUAUUGAAGAAAUCGAAGUACUUAACCAAAGCACAAAUAAAGUAGAUAGAUCAGAUCGUUUUUCACCAAAAAAGUCUUCAAAUAAAGUUGAAAAUGUGCGAUUAUUAGACAGUUACAAAAAUCUUGGCGCUAAAAAUGAAGGUGAAUUUCCGCCUAUAAUCUUUAAAUCAGGGCAAUAUAAAAGUUUUUACGUUGAACCUCCUUCUAUUCCUACAACAGAUGUUGGGUAUUUGUACGAGAUGGCAACCAGAUUACUCUUCGUAACAAUUGACUGGGUUCAGCAUUUAAUAGCGUUUCGUAAGCUUAAUAAAACCGAUCAGUUAAAUUUGCUAGUUGAUAAAUGGUAUUCUCUUUUUAUUCUUGGAUUGGCCCAAUGCUCAUCAAUGUUUCCUAUUUCAACGUUGUUAUUUUUAGCCAACAACAGUCAUGAUGGUAUUAAACCAAUGCUUAGUUGGCAAACAUUUUCUAAACUAAAAGAAGUAAUUUUAAAUGGAAACUCAGCAAUAAAGACAUCAACAAAAAUUUAUGAUAACAUGAAGAUAAUUACUUUAUUUGAUUCAGAUACUCCUGGGCUCAACGACAGAAACGCUGUAUCAUACACUCGAUGUCAAAUACAAGAAGAAUUAGAAUAUAUAAUCAAUGAUCUCCAGCACAAUGAAAAGAUUGAAAAUAUUCGACAACAAAUUAUUUGCUUUUUAGAAAGCGUAAACAAUGUUGAAAAAAACGAAAUUACUGACACUUUUUUUGUACCUAUAUUACGUGAAACUACAAUUGAGUUUGUCAUUCAAAAAUUGUUAGCGCAAAAAUUACGUUAAUUUUCUGCCGCAAUUAUGAUAUCAACAGAUUCAAAGCAAUAACAUUAGCUUUUUGUAUGCAGGGCUAACAAUUUUUAGUAAGCAUGUAUUACUUAUGUAUAAAUAUUUUUUUUAUUUAAUGAAAGAACUUUUAAAUUUA